AUGCAGAUCUUCGUGAAGACGCUGACGGGCAAGACCAUCACGCUGGAUGUGGAGGCGUCUGAUACAAUCGACAACGUGAAGGCGAAGAUCCAGGACAAGGAGGGCAUCCCUCCGGACCAGCAGCGCCUGAUCUUCGCCGGCAAGCAGCUGGAGGACGGGCGCACGUUGUCGGACUAUAACAUCCAGAAGGAGUCCACGCUUCACCUCGUGCUGCGCCUGCGCGGAGGCAUGCAGAUCUUCGUGAAGACGCUGACGGGCAAGACCAUCACGCUGGAUGUGGAGGCGUCUGAUACAAUCGACAACGUGAAGGCGAAGAUCCAGGACAAGGAGGGCAUCCCUCCGGACCAGCAGCGCCUGAUCUUCGCCGGCAAGCAGCUGGAGGACGGGCGCACGUUGUCGGACUAUAACAUCCAGAAGGAGUCCACGCUUCACCUCGUGCUGCGCCUGCGCGGAGGCAUGUGA